UAUAAUUAUUAGUUUAAAUUUUUACUAAAUAAGGGACUUUAAGUGACGACAGGCUCAUAGAAUUGGAGGUUUACUAGAAAAUCCCUACUCAUGUGAGGUUGGAGUACAAACCUCGUGUUGAAACGCACGCAAUGAUGGAAUGAGGAUCGGAAAUGCAUUGGCGCUUAACGUUCAAUUUCGAACACAAUUCACCGCCAACAGAAACCUCCUUAAAACCCACGGCGGGGGCCUCGACAUCUCCGCCUAUGGCUCCACCAUUCAACACUGCACCAACCACCGUCUCGUUCGUCAGGGCAAACAGCUUCACGCGCGCCUCUUCCUAUUCUCCAUCACACCCAAUAAUUUCCUCGCCUCAAAGCUCAUCACCUUCUACGCACAAUCCAAUCUCACACGAGAAGCACGCAGCGUGUUCGACAAAAUUCCCCACAAAAGCACCUUCUCCUUUAACGCUAUGCUCAUCGCCUACUCCUCCAAGAGCCUCUUCCAUGACGCGCUUAACCUCUUCUCGUCGUUCGUUUCCUCCACCGACACAGGAGUAUCUCCUGAUAACUUCACCGUAACCUGCAUUUUGAAGGCGCUCGCUUCUUCUUCUUCUUCUUCUUCGUGCUUCGAAUCAGCAAAGGCAAUUCACUGUUACGUUCUUCAACGUGGAUUCAACUCAGACGUUUUCGCUCUCAACGCGUUGAUCACAUGUUAUUGCAGGUGCGGUAGGAUUGAAAUGGCGAGGAAGGUGUUUGAUAAAAUGAUGCAGAGAGAUAUUGUGACGUGGAACUCGAUGAUAGGUGGUUAUUCUCAGAGUGGGUUCUACGAAGAAUGCAAGAGAUUAUACUUGGAGAUGUUAGGUGUGGAAGGCAUUGUACCAAAUGCUGUUACGAUUGUUAGUGUGAUGCAGGCGUGUGGACAAAGUAAGGAUCUUAUAUUGGGAAUCGAAGUUCAUUGUUUCAUGAAGGAGAAAGGGAUUGAGAUUGAUGUGUCGCUUUGUAAUGCUGUGAUUGCUAUGUAUGCAAAAUGUGGGUGUUUGGAUUACGCUCGUAAGUUGUUUGAUGAAAUGAGUGAGAAGGAUGAAGUUAGUUAUGGGUCAAUUAUUUCUGGGUAUAUGGUUAAUGGGUUUGUAGAUAAGGCUUUGGAUGUUUUAAAGGGAAUGGAAAACCCUGGAUUGAGUACAUGGAAUGCUGUGAUUUCUGGUAUGGUUCAGAAUGACCAGUUUGAAGGAGUGUUUGAUUUGGUUCGGGAAAUGCAGGAGUUUGGUUUUAAAUUGAAGCCAAAUGCUGUUACACUUGCCAGCAUUCUUCCUUUGUUUCCGUAUUUUUCAAAUCUUCGAGGGGGGAAAGAGGUGCAUGGUUAUGCAGUUAGAAGAAGUUAUGACCAAAAUAUAUAUGUGGUGACUGCAGUUAUUGAUAUGUAUGCAAAGUUGGGGUUUAUUCAUGUGGCAAGGCGGGUUUUUGAUCGAUUGCAGAGUAGGAGUUUGAUAAUUUGGACUGCAAUGAUAUCUGCUUAUGCUGCUCAUGGAGAUGCUAGUUUGGCACUUGGGCUUUAUGAUCAAAUGUUAGAUAGAGGAAUUCGGCCUGAUCCAGUGACAUUAACGUCUGUGUUGACAGCUUGUGCUCAUUCUGGGCUGGUGCGUGAAGCUUGGGAUGUUUUUAAUGCUAUGCCUUUGAAAUGUGGCAUUCGACCUGUGGUUGAGCACUAUGCUUGCAUGAUUGGUGUUCUUAGUCGAGCUGGAAAGCUCUCGGAAGCGGCAAAAUUGAUUUCUGAGAUGCCAAUUGAGCCAACUGCUAAAGUUUGGGGUGCUCUGCUGCAUGGAGCUUCUGUUUAUGGCGACGUUGAAAUGGGGAAGUUUGUUUGUGAUCAUUUGUUUGAGAUUGAGCCUGAAAAUACUGGAAGUUAUAUAAUUAUGGCAAAUUUGUAUUCGCGUGCUGGGAGAUGGGAAGAAGCUCUUAAGAUUAGGGAAAGGAUGAAAGGAAUUGGGUUGCAGAAGAUCCGGGGAAGUAGUUGGAUUGAAACGAGUGGAAGAUUACAGAGCUUCAUUGCCAAAGAUAUGUCAAAUGAAAUGUCCGAUGAGAUUUAUGCAUUGCUGGAAGGAUUGCUUGGUUUAAUGAGGGAAGAAGGGUAUGUCUUGCAGGAAGAGUUGGAUUAUGAGAUGUGAUCAUUUCCAUUGAAGUAAAUCUCCUGUCCUUUGUAUACGGCCAGAACAGAGAAGGGCGCUCAACUUCUGAGGUGCAGAAAUUAAGCAGCACCUGUCAAAGGUUUAAAGUCAUGGUUGCGAUAUGCGGCCUAUAGCUCUAAAUUGUGGUUAUGGUGCAAACCUUAAUAUUACGGAAAAAUACAGGCAAAUGUGGCUACAAUGAUCACAAUUACGAUUGCGAUGUCGUUGUAGAGAUCUCUGAAACUUUUAUAUUGCAGCUGCAACUGUGAUUGCAGACCGCAAUUUAGAACUACGAUGCGGCCUCAACUGCGAUGGUGUUGCAGUUUCAGAGCAUAAAAAUUGGACUGUUGGUUCAGUCAAGAUUUAUUAUUGAUAAAUCAGUUAGUGUUGGUUCAUGUUUGUCUCAACUUUGCACUUCAGCAGAAAAAAGUUGCACAUGGUUAGCACUAAUAACUUUUUGGACUAUUGAUUAAUUUGAUCUAAUAGUAAUAGACGGAUCUACCAGUUUCAUAGAUGUGGUUAACCAGUUUCCCCGCAUUUCAGGAUGACUUUUUUUUCUUUCUUUUUUCCCCUUCAACUUUAUGGUAUAGAGAUUGAUGCAGUGUGAUGAGAUGGUGACUAAUAUUUUGUUAAAAGCUGGAACAAAUAGGGACAAUUUAUGUUGAGAAUGGCUCCACGUAUAGGAUAUUUUUCUAGAAAUCACCAAAUUAGUGAGAUGAGACGUGGGAAUAAAUUGUGCAUUAAUUUUGAUACAGCCAGAUGUAGUUGAAGAGUCAAAAAAUGCUAUCAGCUUGUGGUAAAAUGAGUGUUACCAAAAGGUCUCCUAGCUUAUAAGCUAUAAACUAGUUUAUUUGUCUUGCCAAACAAACCCUUGGUAUUUUAUUGGUGGGGUAUCUAUUGUGUCUAUCUAUUUCUUUUGAGAAUAUAUCUAUACACAUAUGUCAUAUUAAAUUUA